AUGCAGGCUACACCUGAACUACCCUCCCCAGACCGCAUAUUCCAAGUUCUACAAGAUGCAGCUUCGCAGGACUACGUCGUAGCGCAGGCGGCCAGUGCCCAGCUUGACGUCUUCAGAACGAUUCCAGGAGUUUUCUAUAUGGUGCAGAUGGCCGCAAACGAACGAAACCUACCAUUAGAUGUGCGAAAGAUGGCCAUAUUUCAGUUCAAAAACGUCGUUCCACAGCAGUGGCGGCGUGCUGCAUUGUACCCCGAAAAUGUGAAGCAGGAUAUCAGAUCGGGCAUGUUCCGCUUUCUAGAUGAGCCGGAUGAUAUCAUUGCCCAGACCAAUGCUAUUGCGAUGGCGAAGAUUGCACGGAUUGACUUCCCACGCGCAUGGCCGGACGUUGGAUCCCAACUGCUGGAAGUAAUUGGCACCAACUCGCAAGCUAUCUACAUCAACUCUAACACUGAUCCGCGUGCUCUACUAGUUCUGAGGAGGGCACUGGGUGCGCUGAACCAGAUAAUAAAGGAGUUGACGCCAGCAAAGAUUCCCUUGCUCGCGUCUGCCGUACUUGGACUCGUACAUCAAGUCCAGGAGGCACUUUUACCCAUUUAUGGCUACGCAACAGCAACGUUCAGCAAUAACUUGUCACCCGAAACGUUGGCAAGUGAUGAUAAGCUAAACCAUAUUCGUAUCGCACAUUUCACAUUCAAAUGCAUCGUCAAGUGUAUCACAUUUAUGUGGCAUCGGACCAGGGUGAAAGGAUUUGAGGUGGCGGAACCCGUUGUGAAAGGUUUUUUUGGAACCGCUGUCACUCAUUUCAUCGCACUGUCAACCUUGCGUUCGAGUCUGUUCCAGGCAAAUCUAAGCCAGAACCUGAUUCAGUCCCCAACACAGUCCUAUCUUUCUCGGCAUGUUCGCCUGUACGGGAAAUACUUCCGAAAAACUCAAGUGUACUCACCACAACAAUUUGUGCGGUUGCCACAUUGCCGAGAGCUGGUAUUACACUAUUGGGAACGGGUUGUAGCAGCGUCUGGCGCACCGCCAACGACAAUACAAGACUCAGAUAAUGCGAUGUACCCUAUUCGGUUCCUUACACAGGCAUUAUCGAUCUUCAAGGACGCACUUGCUCAGUGGUCGCCCAUUCGUCAACCUGACAACCAAGAGGUUCUCCCUAGGGAGUUCGUAGAGGGUGCUAUUGAUCUCAUUGUCAACCGCCUACUCCUUUUGGAUGAACAGGAUCUGGAGAAGUGGUCAGAAGAGCCGGAGGAGUGGAUCAACAUCGAAGAGGGCGACUCGGAUGCCUGGGAGUACGGCGUUAGACCAUGCGCUGAGCGUGUGCUUAUGACGUUGGCUACACAAUAUGGCGACUAUGUAGAACCCAUGAUUCGUACAUACCUUCAACGGGUGCGAGAACAUCCGGCAACAGAUCUCCCGUCGAUCAUCAAGCAGGAAGCCGUUUAUUGCGCCGUAGGACGAUGCGCACACCGUCUCAAAGACAUCGACUUUGACUCUUGGAUCUCCCAGAGUCUUGCCCAAGAGGCUUUAGAUCCUAAUCCGAUAUACCGCAUAAUCAAACGGCGGAUUGCAUGGCUAUUCGGUCGUUGGUACGCGGAGAGAUCACUCUCUCAGUCGAGAGAAAAGGUGUACGAGAUUCUUGUUCACCUCAUUUCGGCGCAAGGGGAAGGUUCAGAUCUGGCAAUCCGUUUGACUGCUGCGACAGCAUUGGAGAAUUGUAUCAAUUCGGUCAACUUUGAAAUCCCGGUAUUCCACCCGUUCAUCACACCAUCUCUUAGUGCACUUCUGCAACUUGUUGCCGACACAGAAUCUCAAGAUGCGAAGCGAAGAGUGAUCAGAUCCAUCAAUACCUUGAUUGAUAACGUGAAGGAGGCGAUUGUACCGUCUCUCGGCGAUAUAAUUGGCCCAGUGACGCAGCUUUGGCAGCAUCCCGAGGUUGACAUUCCACUCCGAGGAGAACUGAUUUCCACCGCGUCUAGUCUGAUAAAGGCAUCUAAAGAAAAUUCUGCUCCUUUAGCACCAAUAGCGGCCAUCUUGAUCCGAGAUUGUCUAUCACCUAUACUGAGUGUCCAAAUGGAAGACGAUGCAAUUAAUCUGUGGCUGGUCACCCUUCGAAACUCAGUCCCCAAUCCCAAUCCAACAGUCCCAGACAUAUUCGAGCUUCUACCAACAUCGAUACAUAUCCUGAACACAAACCUCGAUGCCGUCUCGGGAGCCUGCCAACUGAUUGAGAGUUACCUCUUACUCGAUGCCACCCGUGUGCUACAGCUCCAAGCGCUUCCACUUCACCAAGCUUAUCUCCAAGUUUACAAAACUGCAAUCACAGCAGACGUGAAAACCGUACUCGGAACGGCGUGCAUGAUGGUCCAGCUCUCCGUGGAUGGUCGUUUAUGGGCGGAAGCGAUGCACACUUCCGGGUUCUUUGCACACAUACUUUCGGCCGUGAUCGAAGAUAGGACCAAGAACGACAACACGCUCGUUUUAGUCGAAUUUGACAACAUCGUCGAUGCGCCACGAAGGAAGCUUGUGGCAUUAGCUACUGCCGAACUUCUCGCCACGGGUAACAAAAUUGCCGUAGAGCGACUUGCAACGUCCGAAGCAUUAAACAUCUGGCUUGACGUUCUUGGCGAACUUAAAGAGGCACUCGAGCAACGGCCAGGGGAGGACGAUCAGGAUUCGCCGCUGAUACUUUACUGGAAGCAACAAGACGAGUACGUACUUCCGGACAAGUUGGAAGAUGCGGCGGAAACACUAGAGUUUGGACGACGGCAAGACUUGUUCAAGCGAGAUCCUGUACGAAAUAUCCCGCUCAAGGAGUUUAUCCAGCAGAAAAUGCAGCAAGCACAGGCCGUUGCUGGUGUCGAAUUCCAGGCGGCAUUGUCCAAAGUGGACAGCGCAACGAUUGCGUCCAUUCAGAAACAGCUUUCGUGA